AUUAUGAGUUUUGUUUGAAUUUAUAGUAAAUCUGCCAUACGACAUUAAUUAACAUUAGCGAUGCGAUUUCACAUGAUGGAAUAAAGAAUUCAUUUCAGAUAAACGAUGCAACCUUUAACUCUAUAUUAGAUGAAAGUAGCAUGUCACCAAUGAAGGAAUAUACAGGAGAACAAAAUCAUUUUUUAACUUGUGAUAAACCAUCCGAUUGUCACCUAUGCAGUCAACAUCGACAGCUACAGCAACAACGAGAUAAAGAAGAUCACACUCCUUCUUCGCUAUUGUGUUCAUUAGAAGCAGACAAGGAUUUAUUAGACAUUGAUGAGUCUUCAUUUGUAAGAAAUACAACUCAUAACAAAAGUAAAUUGGAAUUAUUUUGUGAUUUAUCUUCAAUUCGUGGUGUACAGAGAAUCUAUCGUUCAAAAAUUCCAUUUAUUCGCCUUUUGUGGCUUUUAUUUGUUAUUAGUAUGACAUGUGUUCUAAUGGUUAGCUCUGGUUUCCUUAUCUCUGAUUAUUUACGUUAUUCAACAGCAUGGAAUGCACGUACCUUGUUAGAUGAUAAAUCAGAGUUUCCUGCUGUCACAUUAUGUGCACAUAAUCCAUUCACUUUAGAUGUAAAUCGUCUUUGGAAAGAGAAGAUUGUUCCAAGUCCAAAGGAGAUUAAAUUGCGUGUAAGAGAUUUAUUGAAAACUAUGCAAUACUACGGUUUGGCUAACAAUACUGGUGAUUUGGCUUUUUCUGAUACAAUAGAAUUUUAUUAUGCAAAUCUUAAUUCAGAUGACACUAUUAAAGUUGGUCAUGAUAAGGACAUGCUUUAUCAUUGUAUGCUGUAUGAAGAAGGUACGACAGUUGUAGCAGAAAAGUGUGAAUUGGAACCGGAAACAUCGAUAAGAAUACGACGUUUUACGCAUCCUAAAUAUUUCAAUUGUUGGACUAUAGAGGGUAAACCAAAUGCAUCAACUGCUGAUAUUACACGACUAAUUAUACUGGCACGCUUAGUUCCUUUGAAAAAGAUUGAAGAUGCUAAUACAUCUUUCAUUACGGAUUCAUUUACACGAGGUGAAGGGAUUAAGGUAGUUAUUCAUGAAAGAGACACCUAUCCAGAAAUUGAAAAACACGGUGUAAAUAUACAACCAGGUCGUAUGAAUGAGGUUAACUAUGCAACAUUAUUUUGGAAACGUUUGCAUACACCAGUAGCUCCGUGUGCAGGUGGAAAUCUUUACAUAGAAGACUUGGGUGUACAAUACACAUAUACACAAACUCAGUGUCUCAAUCUUGUAUUGCAGAAUGAACUGUUUAAGAGAUGUGGUUGUCUUAAUUCAGAAUGGCCUCGGUCUAUCAAACUAAUGGAUAGUAAUCAUUUUUUGCCAUACUGUCAAAAGCUGCCAGCUGAUGUCAAUGACAAACGUGGAGCUGAAGAAAUGAAAGCACGUCUUGAAUGUUUGAGUACUGUUCUUGUUGAAUUAAAACAAAUUAAAGAGACAGCUAUCCAAAAAGGUGUGUGUUUACCACUUUGCGGCUAUUAUACUUACAAUACAAAAUUAAGUGUCACUUCAUGGGAUCCAGAUCCGCACAAACUUGCGCUAUAUACUAAAGUCUAUCGUCAUGUUGACAAGUUUUUGACUGACCCUAGUGAAAGAGGACAUUUUGAUGAAUUAUUGAAAGUCUUUGAUGAAUCAGUGGAUCCGACACAAAGCGGUGAACAAUCUAGCUCAACAGGAACAAUGUUUUCUGAUAUUUAUCAAAAAUUCGAUGAUGGUAAACAUACAUACAUCUCUUUAAUCAGACAGGAUUUUGAUACAACCAUGAAUGAAGAACGUUUGGUUUUUGAUAUCUAUAUAUUAAUAUCAAGGAUAGGCGGUUUAUGCUCUUUGUGCAUUGGAUUAACAAUGGCAUUCAUUGUUGAAUUAGUUGAAUUUUUCUACUUGCUUUGUUGUAAGAAUAAUACACACUUCACAGAGUCAAAUGAAAUCAAGAAGCUAAGUCACUCAACCAAAUGUAUGACUGUAAAUUGUCCGCAUAGACAGAAAGAGUUCGAGGACAAUCAACAUCACCAUCACCACCACCACCAACAACAACAAACUAGUCCUCAUCAAACUUUUUGUCAUGAACAUGAACAACAACAACAGCAACCAGAAGUAUCCUUGUAUUCGGACAACUCAAAUGAUAAAUGUUCUUAUCAUCCUGAUCAAAUACAUUCUGGUCAUCUUAAUAAUAGUACAAGAAAUAAUAACAGCUUUUCAAAUUCACCGACAAAAAGGAAAAAACAUUUUUCAACGCUAAAUACAGAAAAUGAUUCUCAGACAUCUUUUCAACCUCUGACUUCAGCUGUUAUGCAAAAUUCUACCUAAAAGCUAGAUCAUCAUAGUGUAUAAUUCUGCCAACCUAUGGGAUGGUAAGGCUUCCUUUUUCAGGCAACUUGAAUUCACUUAACCUACAGAUUUCACAUUGAUUGUAUUUAUCCACCUUUUGUUUUUUUUUUGUAUGUUACACGUCCAUUCCUUAGAGUAAAAACAUUUUUCUCUCUGAACAUACAUACAUCGGUGAAGCUACUCAGCAUUUCUUUUUGAUCCUAUAUGUUUGUGUGUAUGUGGGUGUGUGUGUGCUUUCUAAAGUGGUUUUCACAUUUUCAUAUACACACAAUUAUAUAACACAACUUGGAGACAUUUUGAAACGUUGGUUCCCCACUCUUUUUUCUUUUUAGUUAUUCACUGUUUAGUUAACAUUUCUUGACCAUAGGUGAAUUCAUUCGAAUGUAAGAAAGUGUAGAUUCCACAUUAUUUUUUAAAUGUUCUCCUUUUUCGUUUUAUUUUUAUUUUCCGACAAAAUUACACAUGAAAUUUUGUGAAAACGAUAUACACAAAUGUCUGUUAUCAUUUUAAUUGCUAUUUAUGUUUAACUAUUCGUGUAAUAUUUACUUGAAUUUCUACUUUUUAAGUCAAGUUUAUGCGGUGUAAAUUAAAUUUCAAGAAUGAAAAGUAACAGAUAUUGUCA